AUGUGCCGUACUACGCGGGCCGACGUCGUGCGGUCCGUCAGUUCGGGGCACGAGGUUAAAGUAGGUCCUCCAGGAACUCCUUCAUAUCCCAACAACGGUCUCUACCGCCAUUCUUUGAUCCACAUAGCAACUACGACACCACGGUCGAGGUGUUCCCCACAAUAUCGUCCUUAUCCCUACUUCCACACGACCCCCUUCCCUUCCCCUUACUAGGGCAUGUCCUCAACCGUCUCGCAUCUCCCCGCAACCUAUACCAACCUCCCAAGGCUUCCGGUCCCCCCAAACCGACACGCCUGGAGACUCUCAACUCGACCCCACGUCACACCUGCUAACAAUGUAAGCCGAAGGUAAGUUCACGGCAUAAUUAAGUGGAUAUCUGACAUGGAGCAAGCACUAGGGAAAUUAUGCACAAAGUAGAGGUAAUAAAAUACUGAUAGCUGGUUGGAGUGUGAGACCGAAUGCGGGAGGAAAGGGUGGGUAUAUAUAUGCUAUCGCAAUCCACAUUGUAGCAGGGGGGGGGGGUUGUAGAAGAUUCUGGAAGGGGUGCGAGAGGACUGGGAGAGAAGUGGUGUGAUGGGGGGGUUUCUAGGGAGAAUAUAUCCCGCGGAAGCACACGAGGAAACACUUGAUAUCCUAAGUAUCCAUGCCGGUGUACUAGCUCAUACGAGUAAAACUGGCACCGAUGAAUUCUACACAAAAUUUCAAGUA